ACCCCUGGUAUUGAUAUGUUUUAUUCAGUGCUGUGAUGGAAUUCUUGAUGAUUGCAGACUAGUAGAGCUGCGGCUGACAUCGUGUUUAUCCACGAAAUGUUUUGUAUAAACUAGUUUUUAAUAUCAAUGUGUUAAAGUGCCAGUUGCAACAUAAUAAAAUUAAUAAAUUGGUUAAAACAACGGAUUUGCAAUGGCUGCCAUGCAAUUAAGAACUAUAAUUGUGAGCAUUCUGUCAGUGUUGCACUGUGCAUCAGUCACGACUGCCAUCGAGGAUUUCAGCGCAGACAACGGCACUGCUUUUCUCUCAGUUAGUAGAAAUGGCAAAACUUUAUUAAUGAAAGAAGCAUUGAUGUCGAAGCUGGAAGAAGAACAAUCGAAAUGGCACUGGACCCCGUGGAUACGAACCAGAAUAGAAGUUCUUGAUAACGUUAUACGUGAGAUCGAUUGCUUGGCCAGAGAUUCUAUAGAUAGUUUCCCCGAUGGAAUAUUUACAGACGAACAACUGCGGCGAGGCGCAUUCCUCUUAUACGUUCUGUUUGGCAUCUACGCAUUUACAUUACUGGCAAUAGUUUGUAAUGAUUACUUCAUUCCAUGUGUUGAGCUCAUUUGCGAAGACUUGAAAAUACCACAGAAUGUAGCCGCAGCCACAUUCAUGUCGGUGGCGACCUCAUGCCCCGAAUUUUUCGUGAACGUAAUCUCAACGUUUUUGACCGAGUCUGACAUGGGUAUUGGCACUAUCGUCGGGUCUGCUCUCUUCAAUGCUCUGGGUGUAGCUGCGAUCGGAGGCCUUGCCGCUAUUGUUCCGAUAAAAAUUGAUAAGCGGCCUGUCACGAGGGAUGUCAUUAUUUACAUGAUAAACGUUAGUGUGCUGGUGAUAUUUGUAUGGGAUGGUCAAAUAGAUUGGUACGAGUCAAUGGUUUUGGGAAUCCUGUAUAUCGUAUACUUCUUUAUUAUGUUCAAUAGUAUGAGACUUUUCGCCUUAUACGAUAAACUCUAUGUGCGAUGUUGUAAAAAGACGUCAUUUGAAAACACGAUCAUUGAUAACACGGUAUCUGUAGAAGAAGGGAUAGAUAACAAAGCAUUUUCCAAGUCUGGUGCCGUAUCAAGUGACAAUAACAAUUCAGAAAAAGUGUCUGUUGUUGAAAAAUCAGAACAAGAAGAUAUACCUAAGAAAAGUAUUUGGAUAUUCCCGAGCCAUAAGUCAAUUCCUUAUAAGAUAUGGUGGCUGUACGCAUGGCCUUUAAGAUGUAUUCUCGGAAGUACAAUUCCAUCGCCAAUAAAAUAUAGAAGAUUUUAUCCAUUUGCGUUUUUAAUGUGUAUUGUUUGGAUUGGGGUAAACUCCUAUUUCGUUUCUUGGAGUAUGACUGUUAUUGGACACACGCUCUUCAUACCGGAGUCUGUGAUGGGAAUGACGUUUUUGGCUUUCGGAGGUUGUUUACCUGAAGCGUGCUCGAUAUUCAUUAUGUCUAGGAGAGGGGAAGGAGGCAUAGGUGUUUCAAACGCGCUUGGAGCUAACUCUCUAGCGAUCUUGUUUGCCCUGGGUAUACCCUGGCUCAUCAAGAGCGUGUCCUUGGAGGUGCAGGGCGCCGAGAACACGGCUGUUUUCAUUAACUCAGCUGGAAUCGAUUUUGUCGUAGCCUCACUCCUUGUAGCGGUAACUUGCCUAUGGAUUACCUUAUUCAUAGGCAAAUUUACCCUAAGACGAGGAAUAGGCGGUGUGUUGAUAGUACUCUAUGUAAUUUUUAUUACUUUCGCCAUUCUUGUAGAAAUGGGCAUCAUUUUGGACAGGGGAAUAGAAGAGUACAAUGCGUGUUGACAUCAAUCUUUCCGUAACUUGUUAUCAAGUGUGUAGUUCAUUAAGGGAAUGUGAAGAUUACAACACUGCGUUUAUUGCAGUGAUAACCGAAAUGUCUAUAAAGAAUACAAUAUGUGGGUACGCAGAAGAUUUUACUUCGAAGGUCUGAAGGCAUUUGUAGAGAACUAAAGCGAUAGGAUAAUAUAUCGUGAAUAUUAAUAACUCGAACAUAAACAAACGUAAAUAAAAAAAACACACCUUGUAUGUCAGAAGCAGCGUUUGUCUUUUUUGUCUCCAUGCGUUUGCGCAAUGUAUCCAAACGGCUGUUGUCCUCAGCAUUUGCUCAUAAGUUUUAUAAUUAUAUACUAAUAUGUAACAUCGGCGUAGAGUACACGCAAGUUGUUAUCGGGAUAUUUGUUCGUCUCCUAUGCGCUUGCGCGUCGUUAAGCUUACUAUAACCGACUACACCUAGGCAAUUUUAAAAUCAAUUGAAUUAAAAAUAUAUAUUCAUUUGUUUUUGUUUUCUAUAUUCUAACCGCUGCGUCUUGACGAAUUUUGGAAACUUUCAUUAACCUAAUAAAAGUUCAUGUCUGUACCUAUUAAUGGAUUAGAUGGUUAUUUUAAACCUAUUGUACUAAAAUAGACGAAUACUUUACUACUGUCUUUUAUGGACAGCGCAAUGUAAAUUAAUUUCAGAUGUAUCUUAAUUUUGUUUUAAUGUUGUGUUAUAUAUGCAAGUAUAUUAUUUAAACAAAGUUUUACAUUCGCGUCAGGCUGAAGAAAAGCUCUUUUGGUAGUAUAAAAUCUAUUAAUAUUACGUAAACAGCAUGCUACUUAGUAAAUGACAUUUUAAAUAUACUCGUAUUUAGUAGUUGAUAAAAUAUUUUAAGGUAUUGUGCAUGUAUUUUAACUUAUUUUUCAUCCUAUGUUUAAAAAAUUAUUAGACUAUAUCUAAACAAAUUGUUAUAACAAAUUUUCGUAAACAUGUGAAAAUAAGUUGACAUUUAAUACAAUAAUAUACAUAUUUUUUUUGACAAAAUCAAUAAUUUAUUAGAUAUUGUCUUCGCCGUCGCUAUCAAAAUGAUACAAUAAAUUAUAGUAGGGGAGCCCGGGAUGCUAAAUCGGGAUUUACUCGAGCGUUAUAGAGACCUAUUGGGUUACGAAGCUUAGAUGAUAAGAAGAAAAAAAUGUCAUAUGAUAUAUACCUUUUCUUUGAUUAUAGAUUUUUAAAAAUGUAAAAAAAACUGUUGCUUGGACAUACUCGACCGCGUCAGAUAUAGAAAUCAUAGAUGUCCAACGUAUUUUUAAAAAUGUACGUAUAUUAAUCUGAUUGUUUCCAUGAUGGGGAUAGUUGUACGUGAGGGUUGAAAAUAAAGAAAUAAACUUUUCGAGCGCGUCAGAUUAUUUAAGGCAGUAUUAAAUGAACCUAAAAAAAGCUCUUGUAUAAUAAUCUGACGAUUUGGAUGUGACGCAAACUUGCGCCUAUUAUGAGAAUGUGCAAAAAAUCGCCAUUUUGAAAUACUCGAACGCGUCAGAUUAAAAUAUAUAUGGUUCAACUUUAUGCCGUAGACAUGAUGUUUCAUAAUCUGACGAUUUUCUGGAGGGAUUCGCCUAAUAUGACAAUAAAACUUUUUUUCCAUUUCAUCAUUGAACUUAUUUAAUUGGAAAGCUCAAGAAAUAGCAUGCAAAUAAAAAAGGGUGUAAUUUGUUGAUAUCGAAAUUAAUUGAUAUGGUAUACUAGUGCCAGCAGUUGGCAACAUCAGGAACUAGCUUUCUAAUUAUAUUGUAUCUGUUUAAGUCUAUGAUUUUUUUAUUAUCUAUGUUUUCUUCUUGUUAGUUCUUUUGAGAAAUAUAGUUACGUAUCGUAACGAAUCCUUUGCGUUUUAAUUAAAUAAUAAUAAGUUAUGGGCCUAGUACGUCAAUAUUUUAGCUAGGAAAAGUCGUAAUUUUCAGUUUAGCUUAGUUUUAGCGUAGUUCGCGAGUGAUAAAUAAAAAAAAAUCAUGUCGACGAACUACUUGCUGAAUGUACCGAAGCUAAAAGGGCGGGAAAAUUACACAGAGUGGUGCUUCGCCGCGGAGAAUUUUUGAUCCUGGAAAACAUGGAGAAUUGCAUAAAACCUGUUGCCGGGAAGAUUACAGAAGCCGCUGAUGAUGCGAGGACCAAGACUAAAUUGAUUCUCUCAAUCGACUCGAGCUUAUACGUGCACAUAAAAGAAGUCAAAACGUCGUUAGAGCUGUGGAAUAAGUUGAGAACCUUAUUCGAUGAUUCCUGUUUUACUAGACGCAUAAGUUUAUUGAGAAACCUUGUCUCGAUUCGUCUCGAAAAUUACACUUCUAUGACAAAUUAUGUGACACAGCUAGUGGAGACUGGACAAAAGCUAAGCGGAGUUUAACGGAGAAAUAUUCGCCGAUGAUAAUGGCGAUCGAGCAUUCGGGGAUCGUCAUCACCAUCGACGCCAUUAAGUCAAAAUUGGUGGAUUUGGAAGAAAACAAUGAUGGUGACGCUAGCGGGGCAUUUGCAAGUUUUAGAAAAAGCAAGGUUGGCAGCAUUGGUCACAGCGGGACCAAAUACAACGGAUAUUCGCAAACGUCAAAGUUAAAGAAAAUACCGCGGUGUUAUAGAUGUAAACAAAUCGGGCACUAUCGCAAUCAAUGUACUGUUGAUAAGGAUUCUUUAAAUACCAAAUCGAGUGAACGUAAACAAACAAAUGCGUCCGUCUUCCUAAAUGGCAGUUAUUCGAAAAAUGAUUGGUAUGUUGACUCGGGAGCGAGCGCACACUUUACCUCAAAAGAAAAUUGGAUUAAAAAUGUCUCGACCCAACAUUCUAUUAAAGAAAUUAUUGUUGCGAGUGAAGAAAAGCUUAGCUAGAAGUGUUCGGGUGACGUGCAAAUUGCGACGGUUACUGACAUCGGUGAGUAUUACGUUAUCGUUAAAGGAGUGUUGUGCGUACCAAAGUUAACCACAAACUUAUUGUCUGUCAGUCAGUUAGUCAGAAACGGUAACCGAGUGGUGUUUACUACCAGUGGAUGCAACAUUUACAACAGAAAUGAGCAGUUGGUCGCCGUGGCGUCAUUGACAAACGGUGUUUACAAGUUGAGGACUCUUGAGAGCACACUGGCUACAACAUUUACAUCUGUAGAUACAUGGCAUCGCAGAUUAGGCCAUAUAAACAGCAUGUUCUUAAACAAGAUGACUGAUGCAGUGAGUGGCAUGGAACUUGAGAAGAAAAGUGACAUUUCCCAAUUGUCAUGUAUUGUUUGUUGUGAAGGCAAGCAGUCACGCCUUCCUUUUGGACAUGCUGGUUCGAGAAGUGGUGAAUUAUUCGGUAUAGUUCACAGUGAUGUAUGUGGUACUACAUUUUGUUCAUUGAUAAUUACAGUCGAAUGACCUACAUAUACUUCAUGAAGCAGAAAAGUGAAGCAUUUCAACACUUCCAGGAUUAUAAGGCCAGAGUAGAGAACCAGUUAAACAGGAAAAUUAAAACACUCCGCAAUGUUAAGGGGUAGGAAUUUUUGAUGAUUAUUUGAGAAAAAGUGGAAUUUUGCACCAGAAGUCGAAUCCUUACACACCGGAGCAAAAUGGCUUGGUAGAGCCUUUUAAUCGCACAAUCGUUGAGAAGGCAAAAUGUUUAUUAUUUGAUGCCAAGCUGGGAAAAGAAUUUUGGGCCAAGGCAUCAAAUACAGCUGUCUACCUACAUAACCGUACUGUCCUUCCAGCGGAUGUAAGCCAGACAUAAGUCACUUGCGAAUUUAUGACAUCCGUGUCAUGGUGCAUAUGGCAAAAGACAAGCGCCAAAAAUGGGAAAAGAAGUCAGAGGAGAAGAUACUUGUAGGCUAUCCAGAAUGCAUAAAAGGGUAUAAAGUUUAUUGUCCCAUUACUAAGAAGGUCAACACCAGUAGCGACGUUAUUAUAAUGGAAGAAGUGUCUAUGCCUAUGACAGAAAGCAAAGAAUGCAAUGAAGAGAGCAUAGGUUCAGUGCGGGACACAUCUUCAGGUGACUUAGAAGGUAAUAGUAUCAAUCACAGGACAAGUUUGAUGCGACAUAUACUCCGAGUGAGUAUGAAGAUGCUAAAUCGACUGAAUCAGGUGAAUCUGAGCAUAAUGAAAGAGCUGUCAGGUUGCGGAAGAAACCAGAACGGUAUGGAUAUUCGAACAUGUGUGCUGAUUCUGCUAUGGAAGCGUGGGACGAUGCUGGUGAUCUGACUCUGCAAUAUACAUUGGCAGGGUCAGAUAAGGAGCAGUGUUUAAGUGCAAUUAGAGAGGAACUGGACUGUUUUAGUGAAAAUGAUGCAUGGGAGUUGGUAGAUGCUCCAAAUACAGGCACGGUAGUGAAGUGCAAGUGGGUUCUUAGAAAGAAAUAUUGUGACAAACUAGUGAGAUAUCGUGCACGGUCAGUUUCCAAGGGAUUUACGCAAAGACCUUGUGUAGACUAUAAUGAGACAUUCUCUCCUGUUAUAAGACAUUCAACUUUGCGUUAUCUAUUUGCAUUGAGUGUACAGUUAAAUAUGGACAUAACUCAGCUGGAUGUCCCUACGGCAUUUCUCAAUGGUCAAUUAAAAGAAACCAUAUUUAUGCAAUUACCUGAAUGUUUCUCUAUUGUUGAUUGUAACAAGGUUCUUAGAUUAAAAAAGGCUGUUUAUGGCCUAAAACAGGCUUCUCUAGCCUAGUAUGAUAGAGUCAAUGAAACUUUAUAUAAUUUAGGUUAUGUCAAGAGUAAAGUUGAGCCUUGUUUUUUAUUUUUAAAAGAUUGUCAUAAUGGAAAAAAGGUGAUAGUUGGUCUUUAUGUCGAUGAUUUUCUUAUCUUUUCAAAUGUAAAGUCUGAAACUGAUAAAUUAAUUGAAGCUUUAAGUCCUAAAUUUAAAAUAAAAAAUCUUGGUGAUGUCAAACAGUACCUAGGCAUGAGAGUUAAUGUUGAUAGGAAAAACUGAAUUGUAACCCUUGAUCAGGAGCAUUAUAUAGAGCUGUUAAUGAAAAAUUUCAACAUGUUAGAUAGUCACACAGCGGAAACACCUAUUGAAUGUAAGUUAAAUGUUGAAAAAUCUAGCAUGUGUAAAGAUAAUAUUCCAUAUCAGAGAUAAAUAGGAUGUUUAAUGUAUCUUGCAGUGUUGACUAGGCUGGAUAUAGCAUAGUCUGUUAGUUACUUAUAACAGUACAAUAAUUCCUAUUCAGAUGUUCAUUUUACUUAUGCUAAACGGGUUCUAAAAUACUUGCAUAAGACUAAAGAUUACAGUUUGAAGUACUCCCAAGGAACAACAGAUUUGGCUGGAUAUGUAGACGCCGAAUGAGCAAGUGACGCGUUAGAUAGACGGUCAUAUACUGCUUUUUGUUUUAUAAAAAGUGGGUCUGCUGUUUCUUGGGAAAGUAGAAAACAACGUACAGUGGCAUUGGCUGUGAAGCAGAUUAUAUGGCUUUAUCUGAAGCGUGUCGAGAGGCCAUAUAUUUGCGUAAAUUGGAGAUAGAAAUAGUUGGGUUUUGUAAUAAAAUAAUUUUAUUUAAUGAUAGCCAGAGUGCGUUACAACUUGCCAAUAGUCAUCAGUCACACAUGAGGUCCAAACACAUACAUGUGCGUUAUAAUUUUAUAAAGGAAGUUAUUGAUGAUGAGAUUAUUGAAACUUAUUAUUAACUUAUUAUUGAAACUUUCCUAUGUUGGGCCUUCUUAGAUGCCUGCUGAUUUAUUGACAUAAGGUUUGUCCAGGGCAAAACAUUAUAAAUUCUUUGAGACUUUGGCACCCGUUAAUUUUUUUUUUUAUUUCGAUAUAGUGGGGGUAUAAUUUGUUGAUAUCGAAAUUAUUUGAUAUGGCAUACUAGUGCCACCAGUUGGCAACAUCAGGAACUAGCUUUCUAAUUAUAUUGUAUCUGUUUAAUUCUAUGAUUUUUUUUAUUAUCUAUUUUUUCUUCUUGUUAGUUCUUUUGAGAAAUAUAGCUACGUAUUGUAACGAAU